AUGUUCCGGCCGCCGAAUGCCUUUGGGGUGCCGCCCCCCUUUCCUCCUCAGCCUCAACCAUGGCAGUGGCAGCAACCGCCCCCGCCCCCGCCUUCGCCUGCGGUUACCUUUUGGCAGCGGGACAACGUGCGGGAUCACGUGAGGAAGCUGCAACAAACCGUUGAGUUAUCAACUGCACUGAUAAAAGAGAUCGAGGAAAUUGCAGUGGCCAGAAAUUCCGGUGAUGCUGCCACGCAGGAAUCUGCUUCGUCUUCGGCAGAAUUGCCGCCAGGGUCUGGUGAUUCUUCAGAGGACAAGCCCCUCCGUUUUGUUAAACUAGCUAGGUCCAUGGGGAUUAGUCAGGACACUCAUGAGUCGAUGACAACCGAUGCAGCCAAUUACCUUUGUCAUCAGCUUCAGCAUCUUCUUGGGCCUAUCUCUUCCGUGACUAGCCAAAGUGGCCCUUGGGAGGAGAGAUCAGCGAUGGUUAGGUUGACUCAGAAGCUGCAGAAAUAUAAGAGAAAUAAGCGGUGGAGGCAGAGGAGAAGGAAGCAUGUCGCAGAGCUUUUUCAGAAGGAGCGCGCAGAUUAUGAUAGAAUUGAUCAGGAAGCUGAUGAAUGGAGGGCUAAGCAAAUAGCCAAGAACAUUGCAAAGCGGAAGGUGGAAAGCAUGCAGCAGAUUGCUAGAAAGAAAGCAAAUGAGGAAAGAAAGCGUCUAGAAUCUGAGCUGGAGCUUGCCCUCAUGGUCGAGAAACUUCAGGAGCUUCGGUCUAUAAGAGUUCAAAAAAUGAAGAAACAAGGUCAUUUUCUUCCUGAAGAGGAUGAUAAAUACCUCGAGCGUGUUAAGGUUGCAGUCGAGGAAGAGGAGCGCCAAGCUGCAUCUGCUGCUCGAACUGAUGCUGUUAAGGAUGCUAUUCUGACCGCUGAGGAAUCAAGGAAGCCUCCACAGAAUGCCAAUUCUCAAGAAGGUGGUUCUGAACAACCUAGUGAACCGUCUGAAGACAAGGACCUGGGAGAUGGCGGGAUAAAUGAGAGAAAUGACCAGGCAAGCCAGAAAACUGAACAUGAAGAUGAAGGCCAUAGAUUUGAGGGAAAAGGGCAUGAACAUCAUGACCCUGUAAGCAGUCUGCCUUUUGAGUUCUACCAUUAUUAUCAUGGAAGUAGCUAUGACAUGGGGACACUCAUUGAGGUCCGUAGAAUGUGGGAUUCUUUCAUCAGACCUGGAGGAAGCCCAAGUAAAUCACCAUGGGUUCGAGAAAUGGCCAUUUCUGCUUCAAAACCACCGAAAUCUUCAUGGCUCCUGCAAGGUGGCAAGAAAAGCAUGCUGAAGGAAAGAGCAAAGACUGGACACUGGUGCUCAAGAGUAAAGUUCGUGAAUUAUAAGCCACCCUACUGUUUUACUGGUCCCUUAAUCAUUGUUUCCUCAAUGAGUGCAAACUGCCAUAACACUUUUGUUGGCACCAUUGCUUGUUUGAUCUUGGAUAAGCUACUAUGCCCGUUCGACUACGACUACACGUAUGACUCCGCGCGUUCAUCCGAUCGCAUCGGCGGUCCGAACCCGCCAUGCAACGAUCGCUUCUCCGACCAGAUUGAAUGCGGCUACGACAAUAAUCUCUCCGAUUCGAUCCGCUUAAGGUGA